AUGGGGUCUCUAUUCGCAACCGCCGGAUCCAUAUUCUCUCGCUACACUGGCCGCUCUUCAGCCCAACCCUCGACCCCUUCUGCCCCGCCGGACUCGAGAUCCGAUGAUUCCUCCACAACUGCUGUCAACGAUGCAUCGGCGAGUCACGACAGAGAUGACCCGAGCCUGCCUUCGAUAGAGACCGAGGAGGAGUCUCCUCAGACAACACCUAAGGCAUCGGCCUCGAAUGCGCCGCCUCCCGUCCUUGUCGUCCCAACACUGAACCUGGACGGAGAUAGCAACAACAAUGGCACAUCUAGCAACACAACCCCGUCGUUUCAAAGCCUCAGCGGGCCGCCGAAACAGACACCUUCCUCACAGCCCAGCAAUGAAUCUGCCAUGAACACAUCUCAGAAGCCGCUCAUGCCACCUCCAGCGGCCCCAGCCAAGCAAAAAAUACCCUCUACAACACCCAGCACAAACACAUCCUCUAUGAUGCCUCCACCAUCAGUCCCCCGUCUUCGACCAACCGGCGCCCAACCCACAAACCAACUCCAACCCCCUCGACUAAGCGCCGGCAGUUCCCUCCGCACACCUCCAUCCGCAGCAGCAGGCCUGCGCGCCCCACCAACCAGCGGCGGAAGUCGCCUCAGCAAUAGCACCCUCGCCCCGGUACAGGUCAAGAAAUCCUCCGCAUCGCGCAAAGUCAACCAACUCCGAGGCGCGAACAUGCCGCCCGGUUAUCUGCGUGUCACGCCGUCGAUGUUGAAGGUACAAAAUGGGCGGAAGGGUCGCGACGCAUGGACCUCGUACCAAGGGAAAGUCUAUAAUAUACAGCCUUAUGUGCCCUACCACCCUGGUGGAAAGGGCGAACUCCUCCGCGGCGCGGGGAAGGACUCCGCUCAACUGUUUCAGGAGAUCCACCCGUGGGUCAACUGGGAUGGGAUUCUGAAUGAAUGUCUUGUUGGCAUCCUUGUUUCGGAGAAUGAUGCCCAGGCAGAGGAUGCGCUCGAUGCGAUGGACUAA